AUGACGUCACGCGAGCGCCGCUCGCAGAGCGUGCCGGGAGCCCGCGUGGUCGGCGUUCCGGAGCCAGUCGGAGCCGAGCCUCCGGAGCGUGUCAAGUGGGAAGAUGCCGACGGCUGCGUAGACGAGACGUGUCUAGACUCCAGUAUGCGGACGGCUGGCUGCGUAGACGGAGUCCAGAGUCUGGAACACGGACGGCGGCUGCGUAGUCCAGACUCCAUUCUGAAACGAUUGUCUCCUCUGGUUUUGCUCCACACUAAGCUCGCGGGUGGAGGUGACAAGGCGCAGAGCGGAGCCGUGGCGGAGGCCAUGGGCGAGGCGGGGCGCGUCGCGGAGCAGAAUGGGCACAUGGGAUUGAAAGAAGAAUUUGUUAAAGUCCGGAAGAAGGAUCUCGAAAGGCUGACCACGGAGGUGAUGCAGAUACGGGACUUCUUACCCAGAAUUCUAAAUGGGGAGGUCCUGGAAAGCUUCCAGAAAUUAAAGAUUGUAGAAAAAAACCUGGAAAGGAAAGAACAAGAAUUAGAGCAGCUGAAAUUGGACUGUGAGCAUUUCAAAUCCCGUCUAGAAACCAUGCAGGCUGACAGCGGGAGGGAGAAGAAGGAGAAGUUGGCCCUUCGACAGCAGCUGAAUGAAGCUAAGCAGCAGCUCCUGCAGCAGGCAGAGUACUGUACGCAGUUGGGAGCUGCCACUUGCACCCUCUUGUGGGGCGUCUCCAGCAGUGAAGAGGUGGUCAAGGCCAUUCUUGGAGGAGACAAAGCAUUGAAGUUUUUCAACAUCACUGGGCAGACGAUGGAGAGUUUUGUGAAGUCACUGGAUGGAGAUGUUGAGGUCGAUUCCGAUGAAAAUCAGUUUGUGUUUGCACUGGCUGGAAUUGUAACAAAUGUUGCCGCCAUUGCAUGUGGUCGUGAAUUCUUGGUUAAUUCCAGUCGGGUGCUCUUGGACACCAUGUUGCAGCUGCUAGGGGACUUGAAGCCGGGCCAGUGCACCAAACUCAAAGUGCUAAUGCUGAUGUCCCUGUACAAUGUGAGCAUCAAUUCAAAAGGCUUGAAAUAUAUCAGUGAAAGUCCUGGGUUCAUCCCUUUGCUGUGGUGGCUUCUGAGUGACCCAGAUGCAGAGGUGUGUCUUCAUGUACUACGGCUCAUCCAGUCUGUAAUUCUGGAACCAGAAGUCUUCUCCAAGUCCGCAUCAGAGCUCCUGAGCUCCCUGCCUCUGCAGCGUAUAGUGGUCAUGUCCAAGAGCCGCAACCCCCACCUGAAGACUGCUGCCCAGGAGCUCCUGGAAGACCUAAACGCCCUGGAGCGUAGUAUGUAGGUGUGCUUGGGGGGCGGGGGUUGGCAAGAAAGCCAGUUCCUUCCCCUGCCCCCUCUUUUGUGUUCAGAUGGUCACUUAUGCGAUGCGUUAUAGAUGGCCAGCAGUGAUUGACUAGAGAUGGGCACGUUGGGAUGCACCCUUAGCUCCCCCUUGAGAGCAGCUACCUCAUAGGUAGGUGGGUGGUUGAUCUGCCAGAGAGGGCACCAGAAAGGAUGUUUCUUUCAGAAAGCCC